AUGAAGCUGGCUAUCAAAGACAUUCCUCCCCUGGAUGUUCUUCUCGUAUGGCAUGCGUUCUUGCAAGACCCAGUUGCAUGGGGUGAUUUUAUUGAGGACUCUCAACUAUUGUUUUCUCGGUGGAACCCUGACGAAUUGGUGUGUAUUACCAACUCCUCUGGUGCUCAAGAAUUCAGCAAUUAA